UUAUCCUCACCGAAUUUCCGUUUCUCUCUUAAAUUCCACCAUGGAGGCUCUCCUCGUAACUACGCGUUUUGUUUCUUCGGGAUUUUUAUGAAAUCGUAAGACCCAGAAGAAGAGUAAUCGAUUAAAUCCCAGAAAAGUUUUGUUCUUUCCUCGAUUUCUCGAUUUCCUGUCUGGGUUUUCCCCCUUGAUUUCGCCGGUACCGAGCUCUUAAUUUUCCUCAUCUGUUUCAUUGUCAUUCGUUCCGAUUCGUGAUAUGUUGCCGGGAUCUUGGUUGGACCAGUUGAAUCUGGUCUCUGCUGAUGACUUUCGGAUCAUGAGCCGGAUCCCCAAGGCCGUGACGAAGCUUCCCGGGCUCGAGACCGAUCGCGACGACGACGACGCCGGCGAGCCGAGCGGCGGCGCCAGCGUUUCGCGGCCGAAGCGUAUCAUCGUCUCGAACCAGCUUCCCAUACGGGCAAAUAGAGAGCCAUUGACGGGAAAAUGGAGCUUCGAGUACGACAAUGACAGCCUCUAUUUGCAGCUCAGAGAUGGGUUUCCUCCGGGGACGGAUGUCAUCUACGUCGGCUCGCUUAACGCCAACGUUCUGACAUCCGAGCAAGAAGACGUGGCUCAGUUGUUGUUGGAGAAGUUCCAAUGUGUUCCGACAUUCUUACCGGUGGAGUUGCACGACAAGUAUUACCAUGGUUUCUGCAAACACUAUCUCUGGCCGGUGUUUCACUACAUGCUUCCGAUGACGCAAUCUAACGGUUCGCUCUUCGAACGUACGCAUUGGAGGGCGUACAUGAGAGCCAACAAGAUUUUCGCUGACAGGAUCUUCGAAGUGAUGAACCCAGAUGAAGAUUAUGUCUGGAUUCACGACUACCACCUCAUGGUCUUGCCAACGUUCCUUAGGAAUAGGUUUCAUAGGAUAAAGAUUGGAUUUUUCCUGCACAGCCCCUUCCCGUCGUCGGAGAUAUACCGUACGCUUCCCGUCAGGGACGAGAUUCUGAAGGGUUUUCUGAAUUGUGAUUUGAUCGGAUUCCACACGUUCGAUUACGCCAGGCAUUUCUUAUCCUGCUGCAGUAGAAUGCUAGGUAUUGAUUAUGAAUCUAAGAGAGGCUAUAUUGGUGUGGAGUAUUUCGGUAGAACCGUGAGUAUCAAGAUUUUGCCUGUUGGAAUCCACAUGGGGCAGAUUGAAUCUAUCAUGGCGUCAGAAGAAUUGGCGAACAAAGUGAAGGAAUUGAGGAAGAAAUUCGAUGGGAAAACAAUCAUGUUGGGUGUGGAUGAUUUGGAUGUGUUCAAAGGAAUCAGUUUGAAGUUCAUGGCGAUGGGUCAGCUUCUGGAGCAGAACGAACAACUUCGUGAGAAAGUGGUAUUGGUACAAAUCACUAACCCGGCUCGGAGUUCAGGUAAGGAUGUUCAUGAUGUGAAGAAAGAGAUGGAUUGUGUUGCCAAUGAGAUCAAUGGUAAAUUUAGGAAACUGGGUUAUGAGCCUAUCGUCUUUGUGAAUGGACCUGUCAGUACAUUGGAAAAAGUAGCUUACUACGCAGUGGCUGAGUGUGUCGUGGUCAAUGCCGUGAGGGAUGGCAUGAACCUGGUGCCUUACAAAUACACUGUGGCUAGACAGGGGAGUCCUGUUUUGGAUGAAGCCUUGGGUUAUGGCCCGGAUGAUGGUCGGAAGAGUGUGAUCAUUGUCUCUGAGUUCAUUGGUUGUACCCCAUCUCUAAGUGGCGCAAUCCGUGUGAAUCCAUGGAACGUCGAAGCAGUGGCUGACGCGAUGAGCUCUGCUGUUACCAUGUCGGAAGCCGAAAAAGAGCUUCGCCACCAGAAGCAUUACAAGUACAUCAGCUCCCACGAUGUGGCCUACUGGGCACGGAGCUUUGAUCAAGAUCUUCAAAGGGCGUGCAAAGAUCAUUACAACAAGAGAUUCUGGGGAGUUGGUUUCGGGUUAGGUUUCAGAGUCGUUGCCUUAGAUCCAUAUUUCAGGAAACUCUCGGUUGAAGCCAUAGCUGCUGCUUAUAGGAGGACAAGCAACCGGUUGAUCCUCUUGGACUACGAUGGGACCGUGAUGCCUCAGACCCGUGUGGAUAAAAGGCCAAGCAAUGAUCUGAUCUCGCUUUUGAACCGUCUUUGCGAUGACUCGAGUAACGUAGUGUUUGUCGUGAGUGGUCGAGGUAAGGACCCUCUGAGUAAAUGGUUCGGUUCAUGUGAGAAUCUCGGUAUUUCAGCUGAACACGGUUAUUUCAUGAGAUGGAACUUGAGUUCAGAAUGGAGGGCAUGUGGGAUACCGGUGGACUUGAGUUGGAAGAGGAUGGCUCAACCGGUAAUGAACCACUACAAAGAAGCAACAGACGGGUCUUUCAUAGAGGAGAAAGAGAGUGCAAUAGUCUGGCAUCACCAGGAAGCUGACCCAUCUUUCGGAUCAUCCCAAGCUAAAGAGCUUCUGGAUCAUCUGGAGGGUGUGCUUGCCAACGAGCCCGUCGUCGUCAAGAGAGGCCAACACAUCGUAGAGGUUAAACCUCAGGGAGUGAGCAAAGGGAAGGUGGUAGAGAAUCUGAUAGGGAGUAUGAGAAACAGAAGAGGGAUGAGACCGGAUUUUCUGUUAUGCAUAGGGGAUGAUCGGUCCGAUGAAGACAUGUUCGAGACUAUAAUGAAUCACCCGGAUGUUCCGUCCAUUGCGGAGGUAUUCGCCUGCACGGUGGGUCAGAAGCCGAGCAUGGCUAAGUACUACCUCGACGAUACGUCUGAUGUAAUAAAACUGCUGCAAUGGUUAGCCUCGGCUUCCGACAGUUCAGCGGACCGGCAACAAAAGCUUACGUUUUCUCAGCCGACAGGGCAAUGCCGGACCAAAAGCUUAGAUCUUUGAUAGGUUUUGUUGGUGGGGAGGGGAUAGCCGGAUAGGGUUUUUAGGUUAACCUGAAGAAGGGGUUUAAGGUUGUUUUUUUUUUGUACAGUGGUUGCGUCAACUUCAUAAAUCAUACAGGUUUUCACAUGCCAAAUUCUUACACAUCGGAAAUAUAUUUGUCUA